UGGAAUCACUUUUACUAUAGAAAGUAAAAGCAACAGUUACAUAUGAGAUGGCAGAGGGAGGAGGAACAAGGAGAAGAAGUUUAGGCAUGGAAGAUGAUGAAGAUGAAGAGAGAGCAAAAGAAAUUGAAGGUCUCCAAAAACGUGGAAUAUUACCAAGUGAUUUUCCCGUUAGAGCCGGAGACUUAGAAACAUUUGAUGACAAUGAUAUGACCCAGGAAGUGGAAGAGUUACUUUCCCUUGGUGAAAUAACGAAGGAAGAGGCAGAGGAAUUAACAAAUAAGGAAGAUUUAGCGCAUGAAGUGUGUCUGGAUGCAUUGUCAGAUCCACAUGUUGCGGAUCAUGAACAAAUGAUGCCGCCAUUUGCAAGUGAUGGCGUUCCAUUGAAUUGGUCAAGGGAUGUAGGAACAGAUAAAUUAUACAGUUUAGUAAAACUUAAAAAGGGGGAGCCGGAGUUUGACAUAAUUGCAAAGGAGUUUGAAAGAGUGAAUAUAAAAAUUAAAGGAAUAGAACGUAUACAAAGUAACAGGUCGUUGAAAAGGUUUCAAGAUGAAUUGGAAGAUGUACAUAGACAUAGAAACGAAACAUUCAGUCCCAACAUAAGAUACUUGUAUCAUGGAACAAGUGUAGAAAAAGAUAGAAUCUGUGAGGAAGGACUGGACCAAAGACUGAGCAGGAUGGGUUAUUUUGGAAAGGGAAUUUAUUUCAGUGACAACCCACUUAAAUGUGUACACUAUUCUGAUGACCCUGCUAAAAAGAACCCGGAUGAAGCAUAUAUACUCAAGUGUAGAGUAAUUCUUGGAGAUGCUAAGGUGUAUGCCAAGGGUUGCUAUGAUACUACACUAAAAAGGGAACCAGAGAAGGAAGCGAGUUCCAGUGGUUGGAGGUACUAUGAUUCUGUUGUGGGUUGCCCGAAAGACUUUAACGAGUUUGUUGUGUAUGAGAAUAGACGUGCCAUGAUCGAAUACAUUAUCUCAUUUAAAGUGGACAAGAAAAUGAUGACAGACCUUAGAUCUCAGUCUGUGAAAAAAGUAUCAACUCAAAAUCCUACAACUGCUGGAGCAACAGUUAAAAGAAACUCGGGAGCAAAAUCCCCGGAUGAUCAUUUUGCAAGGAUAGCGGAAGUGAGAGAAGCAGUGAGGAAAAAACGUCUUGAAGAAGCUGGCAAGUCCUACAUUCCUCCUUCCCAGAAACAACAAGAACAUGACAAAGAUAUGUGGACUAGAUUACAGACUCUACAUCGACUCAAUGAGAAAAUGAACUCUCAGGGUGACGGAGAACCUGAUGAAAAUUUGGGCGGAGAGAUGUGUGAGCCUGUCCUUGACCUUGCUGAGCCUCCAACAGUCUUCUCAAAGCUACGUCAAACUAAUAAAACCAAAGAUGUGAAAUCGGAAGCUGAACAGUCAGAAGAGGCGGUACAGAAAGUGUUGAAAGGUUGUAUAGCUCACUUUCUAGAAGUCACUGACACUGACGACUCUAAACUGGCACGAUAUUACGUGCAGAAAGCUAACAUGGAUGUCAAUCAUGCUAUAUCAUUAUACUAUGAAGAUAUAGGAUGAUACCUUCUUUAGUAAAAGGAUUUCUGUGCCAAAAUUAAGUGUUAAUUUCUCACCAUUCCAAGCUGCAUUAUUUUAUACAUUUUGAAAAGACUAUAUUGAUAUUGAUGAACAAUCUGUAACCCUUACUCUUCUAAAUUUCUAUAAUGAACUUGUCCAUUUUCUUACCAUUAACUAUUAAAAGGGGUGUGUACAAAAAAGAUACUGACUGAAUGGCAAACAGUGCAGAUCAUGAUCAGACUGCAUGGAUAUGCAGGCUGAUCAUGAUCUGUAUUGGUUGCAAAGGCAGAAUCAGUCCUGUCCAGCACGAUAAUGGUUACCAUAUAGCAGGUUAUUUCUAAAGGUGGGAUAAUUCUGCAUUUCUGCGGUGUCUCGGUAUAAUCACAAAAAUAUUUCCAGCAGAAUUUUUACCCAGCAAAAAUUUAAACCGCAAACAAUUUGCAUUUUUUAUCACUAACGUGUUUCACGCUAUUUUACAUGAGGUAAACCGAAAGGGAUGGUCUAAUUAUUCAAUUAUUGGUUAUUACCGCCAUCAUCUAUCAAUUACCGAUAAUGGUAUAAUUGAGUGUGAUGGUCAGUCAAAGUCCUAACUGUUAAUCCCAUAGAAAACUUGUUUUUCCAUGUUAUAGUAGUUGCUAACAUAUAUUUUUUUUCAAUUCACAUGAAAUUAUAUCUUACAAUGUAUUCAUUAAAAGCAGAGUUACUUAACAGCAGUUAACGGUAAUUCAGUUUAUUGUUUUUCACAUGCUAGUCAUUCUCACGGUGACGCAUCAUGCGGGGAAUUACCUCCUCCUUGGCAUCGAAAAUACAAAUCUCUCUUCUUUUUAUGUGAAAACUCAGAAAUUCAUCUUCCUUUUAUAUGAAAACGCAGAAAUAAAACUUGCAUAAAUUUAUUCCACAAUUUUUGGGACCAAAACGCAGAUUUUUUUUACCGCAGAAAAAAAACGCUAUAUGGUAAUUUGAAUUUUUUGGCUUUUGCCCCUUCUUUCAAGGAACUAAUGACAUUUGUUUAUCACCAAGAUACACACAUGACAGAAAAAGAAAUGAGUGACAUUAGUUUAUGCCAGUUUGUUUAAGAUUGAUUGCGAAACAAAUUCUGUAACUUAUAUUGAUUACCCUGGACAUCUCAUUCCUGAUGGAAUCCAUUGCCAUGAGCAAAUAAGAGAACAGAAGCUAUUUAUUUUCUUUUUUUCUAUCAAGCUACUGGUACCAUUUCUUUGUCUUUCUUAUGAUCAGGCCAGGAAGAGAAUCCAGGACCGAUCUCUUUCUGUGCUAUGUGUGCAAAGCUAUCUAGGCACAUGCAUGAAUGAUGUUGCUGCCAUACAGGAUACAUAAGUUUCUAGAAGGACAAGAGUUACAUACAAUUUUUAGCUCGACUAUACGAAGUAAAAGGAGAGCUAUCCUACUCGCCCCAGCGUCGACGUCGGCGUCUUUCCGCGUCCCCACUUUGGUUAAAGUUUUGGUGCACUUUCUCUUUUUUCAACUUAUCUCUGUAAUUACUUGAUGGAUUUGAUUCAAACUUGAAAUACUUAUUCCUCAUCAUCAUCCAUAUCAUCUGACAUAAGGGCCUUAACUCUGGUACCAGUAUUUCAUGAAUUAUCCCCCCUUUUCACUUAGAUUUUCAGGUUAAAGUUUUGAUGCACUUUCACUCUAUCUCUGUUAUUACUGAAUGGAUUUGAUUCAAACUUAAAACAGUUGUUCAGCAUCAUCACCCACAUCAUAUUACACAAGGUGCAUAACUCUGGCACCAUUCUUUCAUGAAUUAUUCCCCCUUUUUACUUAGAAUUUCAGGUUAAAGUUUUGGUGCACUUUCACUCUACCUCUGUUAUUACUGAAUGGAUUUGAUUCAAACUUAAAAUAGUUGUUCAGCAUCAUCACCCACAUCAUAUGACACAAGAUGCAUAACUCUGGCACAAUUUUUCAUGAAUUAUUCCCCUUUUUACUUAGAAUUUCAGGUUAAAGUUGUAUGCACUUUGACUCUAUCUCUGUUAUUUAUCCCCCCACCAAAGGUGAAGGGGAUAUUAGAAAUGCUCUCCGUCCGUGCGUCCAUCCGUCCGUCUGUCCGUCCGUGCGUCCGCAACGAUAUUUGUCCGGAGCAUAACUCCAAAAGUACUUGAGGGAUUUUCUUCCAACUUCAUACACUGAUAGAACACAUUGGGAGGAAGUGCAGUGUGCAAGAACAAUAACUCUACCUUGCCUAUUUUUUGAGUUAUUCCCCUUUAUCUUAUUUUCUUAAAAAAAAUUGUCCGGAGCAUAACUCCAAAAGUACUGGAGGGAUUUUCUUCAAACUUCAUACACUGAUAGAACACAUUGGGAGGAAGUGCAGUGUGCAAGAACAAUAACUCUACCUUGCCUAUUUUUUGAGUUAUUCCCCUUUAUCAUAUUUUCUUAAAACAUUUUGUCCGGAGCAUAACCCCAAAAGUACUGGAGGGAUUUUCUUCAAACUUCAUACACUGAUAGAACACAUUGGGAGGAAGUGCAGUGUGCAAGAACAAUAACUCUACCUUGCCUAUUUUUUUAGUUAUUCCCCUUUAUCAUAUUUUCUUAAAGAACUUUGUCCGGAGCAUAUCUUCUUCAUGCAUGGAGGGAUUUUGAUAUAUCUUGGCACAAAUGUUUACCACCACGAUGCGGAGUGUCAUACGCAAGAACUAGGUCCCUAGGUCUAAGGUCAAGGUCACACUUAGAGGUCAAAGGAUACAAGAAUAAAAACCUUGUCCGGAGCAUUUCUUCUUCAUGCAUUGAGGGAUUUUGAUAUAACUUGGCACAAAUGUUUACCACCACGAGACGGAGUGUCAUGCGCAAGAUCCAGGUCACUAGGCCUAAGGUCAAGGUCACACUUAGAGGCCAAAGGUCAGAUACAAGAAUGACUUUGUCCGAAGCAUUUCUUCUUCAUGCAUGGAGGGAUUUUGAUGUAACUUGGCACAAUUAUACACCAUCAUGAGACGAAGUGUCAUGCGCAGUUCCCUUCUUUAGAAUUACUUCCCUUUGUUGUUACUUUAAAUAGCUUUUAUUGUAACUUUUUCAUUACUAGUCGUAGGGAAAAAUCGAGACCACUUUUCUGUAGUACAACAAACAUGCUAAAUCCAAUUUUGAGGUGUAUUUUGACCAGUCUCUUCCUGAUAAAGAUUUUUGUGUGGACUUGCAAUUUUUUUUUUUUUUUUUUUUUUUUUUAUAAAGAUUAACUUCCCUUAGUUGUUACUAUAAAUAACUUAUAUUGUAACAUUUUUAUAAUUGACCCUAGGGAAAAAACAAGACCACUUUUCUGUGGUACAGCAUAGAUGUUACUCUCCAGUUUUAGGUGUAUUUUAUUAAUUUUAUUAUAUAUAAGGUAUCUCUACCUAGUAAGGAGUUUUUUUGUGGACUUUAAAAAACAAAAGACUUACAAUGAUUACUAAACAACCACAAAAUUAACAUUCCAUUUGCAAAUACAGCUGCUAGAGUAAAGAAAUUUGCUUUGACGGGCAUAUAUUGUGACAUUCUGGCACUCUUGUUCCCUGUUAGCUUUCCAUUCCUUCUUUUUACAGUAGCCAUAUAGAAAAACAUCAUAGUUAUACUCUUCAUGAAAAUUAAUAAAAUUUAGCAGUAAACCACCUCACUACUGACUUAUUCUUUCUUCCACAUCUUAAAACCCCUGAUGCGGACCACAUCCUUCAAUUAUGAUAUGCCCAGUGGGGGGAUUAGCCAUGUCUGACAUGGCUCUUGUUACUGAAUGGAUCUGAUUCAAACUUAAACAAUUGUUCAACAUCAUUAUCCUUAUCAUAUGACACAAGGUGCAUAACUCUGGGACCAAUUUUUCAUGAAUUAUUUCCCCUUUUUAGCUCAUCUGAUUUUUUGAAAAAAAAUGAUGAGUUAUUGUCAUCACUUGAGCGGUUGUCGGCGUCGGCGUCGGCGUUGCCUGGUUAAGUUUUAUGUUUAGGUCAGCUUUUCUCCUAAACUAUCAAAGCUAUUGCUUCGAAACUUGGAAGACUUGUUCACCAUCAUAAGCUGACCCUGUAUAGCAAGAAACAUAACUCCAUCUUGCUUUUUGCAAGAUUUAUGGCCCCUUUUGUACUUAGAAAAUAUCAGAUUUCUUGGUUAAGUUUUAUGUUUAGGUCAACUUUUCUCCUAAACUAUCAAAGCUAUUGCUUUGAAACUUGGAAUACUUGUUCACCAUCAUAAGCAGACCCUGUACAUCAAGAAACAUAACUCCAUCUUGCUUUUUGCAAGAAUUAUUGCCCCUUUUGGACUUAGAAAAUCAGUUUUCUUGGUUAAGUUUUAUGUUUAGGUCAGCUUUUAUCCUAAACUAUCAAAGCUAUUGCUUUAAAACUUGCAACACUUGUUCACCAUCAUAAGCUGACCCUGUACAGCAAGAAACAUAACUCCAUCCUGCUUUUUGCAAGAUUUAUGGCCCCUUUUGGACUAAGAAAAUAUCAGAUUUCUUGGUUAAGUUUUAUGUUUAGGUCAACUUUUUCUCUUAAACUGUCAAAGCUAUUGCUUUGAAACUUGCAACACUUGUUCACCAUCAUAAGCUGACCCUGUACAGCAAGCAACAUAACUCUAUCUUGCUUUUUGCAAUAAUUAUUGCCCCUUUUGGACUUAGAAAAUCAUUUUCUUGGUUGAGUAUUAUGUUUAAGGCAACUUUUCUCAUAAACUAUCAAAGCUAUUGCUUUAAAACUUGCAACAGUUUUUCACAAUCAUAAGUGGACACUGUACAUCAAGAAACAUAACUCUAUCCUGCUUUUUGCAAGAAUGAUGGCCCUUUUUAGACUUAGAAAAUCAUGGGUAGGACAAUAUUACUAUUAUACAAAAAAAAUCAGAUGAGCGUCAGCACCCGCAAGGCGGUGCUCUUGUUACUUAGAAUUUUCUGUUAAAGUUUUGAUUCACUUUCACUCUGUCUCUGUUAUUACUGAAUGGAUUUGAUUCAAACUUAAAAUAGUUGUUCAACAUCAUCACCCACACCAUAUAAUGCAAGGUGCAUAACUCUGGCACCAAUUUUUCAUUUAUUAUUCCCCCUUUUUACUUCGAAUUUUCGGUUAAAGUUUUGGUGCACUUUCACUCUGUCUCUGUUAUUACUGAAUGGAUUUGAUUCAAACUUAAAAUAGUUGUUCAACAUCAUCACCUACACUAUAUGACACAAGGUGCAUAACUCUGGCACCAGUAUUUAAUGAAUUAUGCCCCUUUUUGCUUAAGAUAUACUUAUAUAGUGUUUUGAUACAUUUUAUCUUUACCUCUCUUAUUACUUUAAGUUGAUAUUUUUGACAUAGACUCAGGCUAUUGUGCAAUAUCUUCAUCCACAAUUGGGGUCAUUAAACACUCCAGUGACAGCUCUAGUUUCCUCAGAUGUGCCCAGUUUCACUAUCCAGCAUCGAAAUAGUCGAGCGCGCUGUCUCCUGUGACAGCUCUUGUUGGAAAUUCCUUCUUUAAUAUUAUACAUUUAAUACAUUAUUUUUGUAAUUAUCUAUGCUGACUGAGCCAUUUAGAACAAUUUCAUUAAAUAACUUAAACUUCUUCUUCUUCUUCUUCUUGUUUUACGAUAAUGGCCUCAUUCAAUUACUGAUACAUUUUGGCCAUGCGUGGUUAAAAAGUGAACUUUUAUUCAAUAGCUUUGAAAAUAAAAAAAUAAGAUGUUGCUGUCUGGUAAACUUCUGGUAAGAUCUUCAGAUAAUUUCACUGAAACGUUUCUAUUAUAACCCUUUACAAAGUUUGAGAAAAUUAUUUUGGUUUGUCAAAAUCAUGGCAACUAUUUUUUCCUAUAUUGUUCAUGUAAAGCGAUUCCUGUAUAUAUAGUAGAAAUCAGUCUUGUCAGAAACUGCUAACCCAGUUUCAAAAUAGUUUCACAGUUAUUUCCCUUACAUGACUUAUAUACCAAACUUGUUCAAGCCCCAGCUGUAACUCAGGUUAGUGAGCUAGGGCCAUCAUGGCUCUCUUGUUUCAUAAGGUUGUACAGUAUUAAUAGCAGUAUUAAGUGAAUCAAACAAAGCAAAAAGUAUAAUUGUUUAAUUGUGAGAAAAAAACAACCCAAAACAUUACAGCCUUUUAGUUCAUUUUUGUUGUUUUGCAUUUUGCACUCAGGUUUGUUCAGAUGUUGAUUCUGUUGCGAGGUACACUUUUGAAAGAUUUUACACACUGUUCACUGAAAAUGUAUUGUAACCAUGGAAAUAAUUUGAAAGAUCUCAUACACCACUGAAAAUGUAUUGUAACCAUGGAAAUAAUUUGAAAGAUCUCAUACACUUUUCACUGAAAAUGUACUGUAACAACUGAAAUUUUGAUGAGGUGGUAAUUCUCUUAAAAGUCAACAAGUGAAAUGGGAAUGUGUUAAGUGAAAUGAUAUAUGAACUUGAAACACUGUGAUAUGGUUCUAAACAUUUCUUAAAGUGAAAUAUCUGCCCUGUUGACUUGUAAAACAAAAACAUUACAUACAUAAAGGGUGUAAAGAAAGUCUGUUCAAGUUCAGCAAAGAUCUUAGUUAUUUCACUGAUAUGUAAAAGACAAGUAGAAAAGUCUAUACCACUCAACAAAAUGAUACCUUUGAUUAUGUUAUGAAUUUGUUACUGUACAUGAGUGGAUGAAUGUAUGACAUUUGUUAAAAGUUUUGCCAUUUUGUCAUGUAUUGUUGUCAAAAAGGCAGUUUUCAUUAAAUUUCAUAGGGAUGGACCACUUGCAGGCAUAGCAACACCAGUCUUACUUUCCAAUGCUAGUCUGGUUCACUUUCACAUUAGGAACACCAGUCUUACUUUCCAGUGCUAGUCUGGUUCACUUUCACAUUAGGAACACCAGUCUUACUUUCCAGUGCUAGUCUGGUUCACUUUCACAUUAGGAACACCAGUCUUACUUUCCAGUGCUAGUCUGGUUCACUUUCACAUUAGGAACACCAGUCUUACUUUCCAGUGCUAGUCUGGUUCACUUUCACAUUAGGAACACAAGUCUUACUUUCCAGUGCUAGUCUGGUUCACUUUCACAUUAGGAACACCAGUCUUACUUUCCAGUGCUAGUCUGGUUCACUUUCACAUUAGGAACACCAGUCUUACUUUCCAGUGCUAGUCUGGUUCACUUUCACAUUAGGAACACCAGUCUUACUUUCCAGUGCUAGUCUGGUUCACUUUCACAUUAGGAACACCAGUCUUACUUUCCAGUGCUAGUCUGGUUCACUUUCACAUUAGGAACACCAGUCUUACUUUCCAGUACUAGUCUGGUUCACUUUCACAUUAGGAACAAAUUUUCAGUACACCCUUUAAUAAUAAACAUAGCAGUGUUUAAAGGUUCUUUUUCUUUGUUAGCAUGUGUUGGGCUAUAAAAUGUUAGUGUAAUAAUUAUUUCUGACAGUAUAUGGUAAGACAAUUAAAUUUUUCUUUUUUACAAUUAUUUUGUCUCCCACAUAUUGUAAGGAAGAUUUAGUGCUCUGCAUCUGUCUUGUCUGUCUGCCAGCCAUUCUGUCACAACAUUUCCCAGUUUGAUGAUUUUCAGCAGAGUAAUGGCCCUUGAUUUGUCAUAUUUUACCUUGUCCGGGCAACUGCUCCAAUACCAUCUACAAACUUUACAAAAGUGAUCAUUGCGCAGGCUGGUCUGGAUCCAUGCUCGUCGCAAAGCCAAUAUGUUAGUUUUCUCAUGGUGCGGCUCAUAUUAUCAUCACUGAUUAAAUGCUUUUCAGUAGAAUCAUGACCCUUGGUGGGAGACAUACGUUUUUCUUGAAGAAAACAACCUCUAGCUAUGUUUGUUAUAUAUCUGUUUAAAAGUGUGAUUUAUUGGAUGAAUACAGUGUUCAUGUACUGUAUUAAGUAUUCAUGUUUGUCUAUUUUACAUUAUAAGAAGAUAAUUUUCAGAUAUGAUAUAUAAACUUAAUAAAUGUUCUUCCACAA